CACUCGCUUGCGUGGCUCCGGGCACCGGGAGCAGGGCGAUUCUGCUGGUCCCUUUCAUUCGGAAAUUAACGAGUAAUUAACCCGGCGUCAGCUACUUCCUGGGUCUGUCCCUCCGCCUUUCAUCUGACUGUGAAUUUCCAAUCAAUCAUUGCCCUUUCGGUUCAGACAAUGGUCCAGGUCAGUAAGAUUUGCUGCAUCGGAGCAGGAUAUGUUGGAGGCCCGACGUGCAGUGUCAUUGCACAAAUGUGCAAGGAGAUCACCGUGACUGUGGUGGAUUUGAAUGCCGAGCGGAUUAAGGCCUGGAAUUCCAACCAGCUUCCUAUCUUUGAGCCAGGUCUUCAGGAAGUGGUGGAGUCUUGUCGUGGGCAGAAUCUCUUCUUCUCUACUGACAUUGACAGUGCGAUUAAGGAAGCUGACCUGAUCUUUAUUUCGGUGAACACGCCCACCAAAACCUUUGGGAUCGGAAAGGGUCGUGCCGCAGACCUGAAGUACAUUGAGGCCUGUGCCCGACGGAUAGCAGAGGUGGGCAACGGGGUCAAAAUAGUGGUGGAGAAAAGCACAGUGCCAGUGAGGGCAGCAGAGAGCAUCCGGAGGAUAUUCAAUGCCAACACCAAACCCAAUCUAAAUCUUCAGGUGCUGUCUAAUCCGGAGUUCCUGGCUGAAGGCACAGCAAUUGCAGAUCUCAAAAAUCCGGACAGAGUUUUGAUUGGUGGAGAUGAGACACCUGAAGGGCAAAAGGCCAUUCGGGCCCUCAAAAGUAUCUAUGAGCACUGGGUCCCAGAGAACAAGAUCAUUACAACCAACACAUGGUCAUCAGAGCUCUCUAAACUGGCUGCCAACGCCUUCCUUGCUCAGCGGAUCAGCAGUAUUAACUCGAUCAGUGCCUUAUGCGAGGCAACGGGGGCUGACGUGGAAGAGGUGGCCCAUGCCAUCGGCACUGACCAGAGAAUCGGGAGCAAGUUCCUAAAAGCCAGUGUUGGCUUUGGGGGCAGCUGCUUUCAGAAGGAUGUUCUCAAUCUGGUUUAUCUUUGUGAAGCCCUCAAUCUGCCAGAAGUGGCCAGGUAUUGGCAACAGGUGAUCGAGAUUAACGAUUACCAAAGGAGAAGGUUUGCAGCGCGAGUAAUCGGUUGCCUUUUCAACACCGUCACCGAUAAAAAGAUUGGUUUGUUGGGGUUUGCCUUUAAGAAGGACACAGGAGACACAAGGGAGUCAUCCAGUAUCUACAUAUCCAAAUAUCUCCUGGAUGAAGGAGCCAGGCUGCACAUAUUUGAUCCAAAAGUGAAGAAGGAGCAAAUUAUUCAAGACCUGUCUCACCCCAGUGUUUGUGAUGAUGAUCCUGACAGGGUGUCACGUUUGGUCACCAUCUCUCAAGACCCUUAUGAGGCUUGUAAGAAUGCCCACGCUAUCGUGAUCUGCACAGAAUGGGAUAUGUUUAAGGAGUUGGACUAUGAGAGGAUCUACAAAGCGAUGCUGAAACCCGCAUUUAUCUUUGACGGCAGACGCAUUCUGGACAGUCUCCACGAAAAGCUUCAACACCUCGGUUUCCAGGUUGAAACUAUUGGAAAGAAGGUGAUUGAGAGGAUACCAUUCACAGCCAACAAAGAUAUUUCCAGGAUCGACUUGCAAGCUCCCCCUUCUAAGAAGCUAAAAAUUUAACGGUUACCUGCUCCUUGUGACUUUCUGUUAUUAGUUAUUUUGUACACUCAAUAUUAGUUGUUUUUAUAAAUGAGGAAAAAAUUUUGACAUAUAUCCAUUAUGCUUAUAACACUACUUGACAAUUUUUAGGUAAUUUUUAUGAAAGUGUUAGAAGGGGCACCUCCUCAAUUUGGGUUUUUUUUUACCUUUCCUUUUGGAUGGAGUCUAUACAGAGGCCCCAUUUGAGUUGGCAGAUGUUUGCAAGGGUUACGCUGAUGUCUAACCUGCAACAUUGUUACUGAGUAAGUUAUUCUAAAUUUUUAAUCAUAAUCCUAUGUACGUUUGUAGUUGGGGGAGGAAGGAUGCAGAGAAAUUAAGUCCUUUGGAUACAUCGUCCAAGGCUUUUUCCUCAUGGACCAAGCAUGGGUGCCAACUCUGGAAAUAUUCAUGGAGGUGCCAACACAGAAACUCUCGCCUCCAACCUCACCAUCACCCACACUCCUGCUCACCUUGGUUGCCCAACACAUCCACCCUCUGAGGGCACUGCCUUCCAGCAGCCAUUGGAAAGCGAGUAGGCCGUCCUCUUAUCCAAUUGAAUGAUAGUUGACAAUCAGACAGCAUGAUCUUUUCUCUGCAACUCCCCCCUCCUCAAUACCCCUAACAACAAUGAUGGUUCAAUAACUAUCUUUUUCUCAAAGCACAGUUUGGUUUAAUAACCUGGGUUGGCCUGCAGCCAUCUCUCUGUGGGAAGAGUUUAGUCCCUGGAGAGUUUGCAACACAGGACCAAGUGAAUAGAAUCUUUAUGAAUGGAUUGUCUUCCAUUUUAUUUCUUUUAAUGAGCCCUGACCUCGUAACUUUCAAACAAAAGAUAUGUCUGUCUAAAGGCUGCUGCUUUGUUGCACAAUUGGCAACCUGAGCUAAUGUUGUUCAUUGAAGAUUGCCAGAUCUGUGCCAAGUCUAAAGCAACAUAGGGAGUCAGAGAAAGGUGCUAGGCUUUUCUAAUUUCAACUUAGAUUGAAGUUUCAUUUAAGUCCUCCUGUGAGGUUCCACUUGAAAUAUCAGAACUUUGGAAAAUUCCAAGUAGAGACAUCAAACAGUCCACUUAAACUGAAGAUGUUGCUGAAAUGAGACAAUCUGUUGAAUUCAUAAUAUGGUUCGUUUUGACUUGCUAGAAGCAAGAUACAUUCAUACAUUGGGAACUCUCUCUGGAAACUAGAACCAUAUUUUUACGGUCCUUGUGUCUUUUUGAAAUUACCCAGGAGCUUGUUUUUCUUUUGGAGGCAACUGUAGUUCCCCGUUGCUUUCUCAUGGUGAUGCCUGUGCCAAUCAGCAUCUUUUUUUCUCCUGUGAUUGUGUCAUUGUUUGUUUGAAAUUUGGCAUUCUUGCAUUUGUCCUGAUGAGUGCAAGACAAAAAGCUUUGACAAGUCUUCUUUUCAGUAAAUUUCUGUUUGACCAAGUACCAGACUGAAUAUAGUGGCAGCCCUGUAUCCUUGAAGUGUAGCACAUUACUGCCUUUAAUGGUGUGUUUAUAGGGGUACAUUUUGCUCCUUCUGUUGCUGGACAAAGCAGAGUUGCUUGGACCCUAUGCCCGCUGGUGGCAAAUUGAGAAAAUCCUUGAAUUGUGCCCUCACUACAGCGAGACCUUUCACCAGACAGGAUCCCACAUGAUAGAGAGGGGUGCAAGUUCUGCAACCUUCCUGAGGACUUUAGCAGAAAGUAAAAUCGAGAAGGGUGUAAGCACAAUGUCACCCUCGAUUGUAUGGUUAGAUUAAAAUUACUCCUGUAACUCACUGAUGGAAGAGUUAAAUAGGGGGUAGCAACAGCAUUUGAGAGGUACCACAAUGCAAAUUGAGAUUACACCUAAAUCCAUUGUUCCCAAUCCCAAAACUGUCUAUUGGUAUUAUAGUGUUUUUUUUUAAAAAAUCAUUCAUUCCUAUUAUAUUUUGUGGGUGUGGAAACAGGACGGUCAGCACAGCUGCAAGCAAAUGGUAUAGAGUAAUAACAAUAGCACAGGUUCAAUUUCCACUCUGGCUGAGGUAGACUUGGAACCCGCCUCCUUAUCUGCUCCCUGCCUGAUGCAGAGAGGUGCUCCUCAAGCUUCAUAACCAAUUGUCCCUCUCUUCAAACAGAGAGAGUGCGAUGCUCACGUUCUGUCAUGGACUAUGGCUAAUUACCUUCCGAGACGAAUGGAGUUCCAUUCCAAAUGAUCACCGAAUCUUCACUGCCAUACAGAAUCCUUAAGAAAAAUAACUUUUAAAAAUAUGUAAGUUUAAAAGCCCAAGGGAAAUAACCAGUGAGAAAUUAGCAGCCAGGAAUUUUUAAUACUGAGUUUUAAUCCAUUGAAUUAUUGUUGCAAACCUUGAAGAUGUUUGGAUAUGAUCAAAACAUUAGUGUUUUUUUUAAAAGCAGAAACUGGCGUCUGUAACCUACUUUAUUAUGAAAUGUGAAAAAUAGAUGCCUAUUCUCUAUUUUAAUAAAAGCUGGUUUGUCAUGACCUGUGAUAAUUGGAUGGACCUCUUUCUCCAAUACUGAAAGGAUUGGAUUUUAUUGGCAUCGAUAGCUACUUGAUAAAUAGUGAAUGUAGAACCUUUAAUUAGAGGAAUGAAGCGUGUGUAUGUUGUGAAAUUGAACAGAAAAGCAUUGAGACAUAAAUCCCAAGUGAAUGACUUUCAAUAGUGAUAUUUGGCAUCGACUGAUACUGUGAAAAAAUGUACAUGUACGUACUCCUGAAUUGAUUAUACCGGGUGACUUUGUAUAAAGAUCGCUUCUGUAUAAAUCUUUUUUGUUUUGUGUUCACAUUGAAGAAUAAUCCUAUUUGA